GAAGGAUACACAUCUCUGUGUAACUUCAGCAUUGAGCAAGUUGGAUUUCAGAUCCAGUUUGUUUUCUACGGCAUUCGUAAAGUGUUGCAAGGGGUGAUCGAUUAUGGAGGGUUCGCCCAGGAGGCGCUCAGCUGUGAAUAUUUUUAGCAACUUUUUUCAGGGUCGGAGGCAUUCUUCCUCUGAUCCCUUUCUCCGCAUACUCCAAAGGCGCCGGAGCUCAGUUGUAGAGGUCCUCUCAUCAUCCACGCACCGUGUUAUGGUGGCCAUAUCAUCUGUAAGCCCUGCAGAGUUGAAUGCAACUUUUCCUGAGAAAAAAAGAAAUUCAAGGCGUCCAACCGCAAAAUAUACUAAGGUAGGGGAACGCCUUCGCCAUGUCAUUCCUGGUCAUAUGCAGUGUUCGAUGGCAUGUGGUGGACGUGCUUGCAAGUAUGAAAACCCAGGUCGAUGGAGUGACCAAGAGCAAGCUAUUAAAGGACUUUACUCUUCCUGGAUAACAGAUAAUAUAUUGGCCAUGGCUCGACCCUCAACAGAAAUUAUUGAGAAGUAUAACAUUAUUGAGCAGUUUCAAAGGUGUGACAUAAAAACAGUAAUUAACCUUCAGCGUCCUGGGGAGCAUGCUAGCUGUGGCAACCCGCUGGAACAAGAAAGUGGCUUUACCUACCUUCCUGAAGCUUUCAUGGAGGAUGGAAUUUAUUUUUAUAAUUUUGGAUGGAAGGAUUAUGGCGUGGCAUCUCUCACUACUAUACUGGAUAUGGUAAAAGUGAUGGCUUUUGCCUUGCAGGAAGGGAGGGUAGCUGUUCAUUGUCAUGCAGGACUUGGCCGAACAGGUGUUUUGAUAGCUUGUUACUUAGUUUUUGCAACAAGAAUGACUGCAGAUCAAGCAAUUCUUUUUGUUAGGGCAAAAAGGCCUAAUUCUAUUCAAACCAGAGGACAGUUAGUAUGUGUAAGAGAAUUCACUCAAUUUUUGAUCCCUCUAAGAAAUGUGUUUGCUUGCUGCGAGCCCAAAGCACAUGCAGUUACUCUGUCCCAGUAUCUGAUCCGUCAGAGGCAUCUGCUCCAUGGUUAUGAGAGUAGACAUCUCAAGUAUGUGCCAAAACUUAUUCAUCUAGUCUGCAAGCUGCUGUUGGACUUGGCUGAAAACAGGCAAGUGAUAGAGGAGGAAUUAUUAGAUAUACCAGAUCUCUCUUCUGAAAUUGAAGAGGCUGUUUCUCAGUUGGACUCUACACAGCUAGAUAAAGAGUUAACAAGACAGAACAGUGACACAUCAGAGCCAUUCUCCCACUCAGUAGUGGGAAAUGUCACUUUUGAAACCCAGGAUUCUGUUUUCUCCCAUGAACACAAAUAUGAUCCUCUUUGGAAGAGGCGGAAUGUUGAAUGCCUUCAGCCUUUGACUCAUUCAAAAAGACGUCUAAGCUAUAGUGACUCAGAUUUAAGGAGAACUGCAUUUCUCCUGGAACAAGGAGAAACUCCAUGGACAGUGCCUGCACAAGUACCAUUCUUUGACCAACUUAAGCAGCAGAACACUAGGGAACAUUUUCUCUCUUCAGGCAUUCAGUCUCCUCAGCUGGAUUUAAACAAAGAGGCCUUAGUUCGUAGUACAUUUAUUUUCUGGAGUCAAGGUAAAUUCAGUUUAGAUGGACAAAACAAUUUCUAUACAAAAAAAUCGCCAAAAGAAGUGCAGCGUAGUAAAACCUUUUCCUCAGGUUUUGAACGUGUACAUAAUGACAGGGAAGCAAGAACAUCAAAAUGUAGUUUUGCAAAGGACAUUGGUCACAGAAAGAAGCGAGAGACUAAUGUAUAUGGCAGAAGAGUUUGUGCAUCUGAGGACUCUGAUAAUUCUGCUUUAGAAGAAAAAUCAUCUAUUGGAUAUGAAAGUCAAGAUAGUAAAGAUCUAUUGGAAGCAGUUCCAUACAUUGUUUUGCAAUCAGAAUUAAGUCUGGAUGCACGAAGAAUUUUGGCAGCUAAAGCCCUUGCAAAUCUUAAUGAAUUUAUGGAUGAGGAGAAAGUGAAACAGAAGGUAGAAAUGUGGCAGAAAGAACUGAAUUCUCGAGAUGGAGCUUGGGAUAGAAUUUGUGCCGAGAGAGAUCCUUUUGUCCUUUGCAGCUUGAUGUGGUCCUGGAUAGAGCAACUAAAAGAACCUGUUAUAACCAAAGAGGAUAUUGACAUGUUGUCAAAAAAAUGCACAGAAUCACCAGAAACUCUUAACUUACUAGCAAAGGAACAAUAUCAGACUAUUCUUUGUAUUUUCCAUUGUGUAGUGAAUUUGCAGACAAUACCAGCUGAUGUGGAGGAAGCCUUACUUACCCGGGCCAUUAAAGCUUUCACUAAGAUGAGUUUGGAUUCUGAAAAUGGACCACAGGUUUACAACACUCUGAGAAAAGUAUUUAAACAAAUACUGGAAGCAAAAAGAAAGGAGGCCAAAAAAGAAACAGAUAACCUCUCUUGAUGUUUACACAGUUAUGCUGGGGACUUCAGUGGUCCUGUCAAAUUAUCUUUCAUUUACCAGCUACAGUAUUUUGUGCUAAUUGGCAUGUAUUGACCAAAUUUUAGUUUUAGUUAAAGAACUUUUUUUUUAAAAAGGGAGCUGUAGUGAGCCUUAUUCCAUUUACAGCUUUAAAAAGUUGAUAUUUUAAUGAGCUGCUACUGUGUGACUGUACUGUAGCAUUUGGUUUGAAGCAAUAUGCUUUUAUAUUGUGAACUCUGUUUUAAAACUGUAUUUAUUGAUUUAGAAGUCUCAUCAAUAAGCUAUAUUUUUUUAUGGUAAACAAUUGCCACAAUGUCAGUGCCAUGUUACACAAUUAUUUAAUGUAUUAAUGUUUACAUUAAUGAUACUUCAUUUUACUUUACAGUGAAUAAAUACUGACAACAUUCUGAUGUAUUUAUUGGGUUCUUUGGAAAUCUUAAAAUAAGAUUAGUUGUAGUAGUAAACAAAUUUGUAGGAAAAAAUUCUCUAUAAAUAGGCUGUAGUAAAUCACCACGUCUUAACGUUGUUUUCUUGUGUCAAAAAA